AGCCUCAAUCCCAAUAGCAGUCAUGACUUUUGACGUACUGUGAACUAGUAAAUUACGAUAAAGGGAAAGUAGAGUAGAUGCUUGUCUCGUGUGGCGUUUACGCCCGAGUGAAGCGAGGAUGGAAAGGCUCAGAUAAUAGUUGCUCAAUGUUCCGCGAAUAGCUGCCGGCGUAGUAUAUGAGCUGGUACAAUCAGAUCUGCUACAAAAUGGGUAAGCGGAAUAAUAUGAUUCCAAAUGGCCAUAAGGAUUGGCAACGAUUUGUCAAAACUUCGUUCAAUCAGCCAGCCAAAAAAUACAGAAGGAAGACAAAUCGCGUCAAGAAAGCCCGAACAGUUGCUCCACGUCCAGUCAAGCUGCUAAAACCGUUGGUGCAUUCUCCAACGGUCCGCUAUCACGCUAAAAGUAGACUUGGUCGUGGAUUUACUAAUACGGAGUUAAAAACUGUUGGUCUCUGCAAGAAUUUUGCAAAAUCAGUUGGAAUUUCUAUUGACAAAAGAAGACGAAACAAGUCAGUUGAGUCUCUCCAAAAGAACGUACUAAGACUCAAGGAGUACCAAUCCAAAUUGAUUUUGUUUCCAUUGAAUGAUAAGAAAAUCAAGAAGGGAGAAGCUACGCCUGAGGAAUGCAAAGUAGCCUCUCAAGUAAAAGAAGUCAUGCCACAGGGACUUCAUCAGGCCACCACAGCCAAGGCAAAGGCUCGCGUGAUUACCGAGGAGGAGCGUAAGUUCAGCGCUUAUAUUACCCUCCGUAAAGCCAGGGCUGAUGCCAGGUUAGUUGGCAUUAGAGUGAAACGUGUCAAAGAUGCUGCCGAGAAUCCCGAUGAUGUAACGAAACUCGCAGCAACAGACAAGAAAGCUAAGAAAUAAAUAUGUAUAAAAAAGUAAUUAAUGGACUAUUUUUUUUAAUAUUUGUUUGUUAAAUUAUUAUCUCAUCUUAUUUAAUAUAAAUAAUUCAAUGCAGAAGUUUUUAGUAUAUGAAAAUCAUUUAUUUCUUGUACUUGCUCGCAAAUCUAU